AUUAAUUUAAAUAACAAUAAUAAAACAAAACACUUUUUUUAGCUUUAUGAGUGUGUCAUGAAUAUCGAUAAUUCUAAAAAAUAAUUAGAUAUUAACUUAAUAGUAAACAGUUAACUUUAUUUUGCUACCUCCCUAUUGUUAUAGUAUACAUACGAAAUAAUAGAGUGUUUGUUAGUAGUUUUUUGUUUUGUUUUUUUAAAAUGUUUAAAUUGAUACAAGUGUACAUUAUCGAUUCAGUUAACUAGAAAUAUAUAAAUGGGUCAUAGGGGACAAACUUGCGCAUUGAGGGGGGGCAUCAGGGCGCCUGCUCAGUGUGUUAGUAGUGUCCGUUUUUAUCUCAGAGAUUUUUAGAGCAUCUACAAAGAUCGGCGAAGGUAUAGACAGUGAAAGAUGAUGAUCGCGAAGAGUAUCUGCCCUCAAACUUCUUCAUUGAUCGUUCUGCGGAGGUAUAGUGCAUUGCCCACCUUGAAUGUUGAUAACAGGAUGAUCAAGAUGAAAAGAUUCCUUAAAAUGAUGAACAGUGCUAAACUAAAAACUUAUUCAACUAGUCAGUGUAAAUUUUCUACCCUACAGACCGGUUUAAGAUCUACAGGACUUCGGAAAACUGACCCCAGGUUAGCCAAUUUAAUAGAGAACUUAAACAGAGUUCACAAGGAAAUGGGAGGGGAAGGAUCUUGUGAGACUGCUAAAUUAGAUAGAGAGACAUUUCGACGGGCGAUUUCUGGCAAUUUAAUUCUCAUAACUAGAGCAUUUAGAAAUCAUUUCAUCAUUCCAGACUUUCACGACUUGUGUAAAACUAUAGAAGAAAUGUAUUGGACCUGUAAAACCAACACAUCUGGAAAGUCACUAGCUGGAGGAGAAUACAUUGGUUUCAACAAUGCUGUAUUUCUCUCCGAGCGUGAAGCUGCUGAUAGAAAUUAUGCUCUCGGCUUUUAUAUGCGGGAACAUAAAUGCUAUCCAGAAAAUGAAAAUCUGACCUGUGUCUGUCGUGUGCAGUGCUGUUCAAUGGAAAGUACCUGUGACAGCGCCGCAGUGAUAGCCGCCUCCCUCGCGAACGGAGGGAUCUGCCCGCUCACUGAAGAGAAAGUCCUCGGUCCUGACUCCAUCAGAAAUGUUGGUUUGCCCGCUAAAUCUGGUGUAAGCGGCUGUCUGCUGGUAGUGAUACCUAACGUAAUGGGAAUCUGUACUUGGUCACCACCCCUUGAUCCUUUGGGAAACAGCUGUAGAGGAGUGCAGCUAUGUCAGGAAUUGGUUAGAGUAUACAAUUUCCACAGAUAUGAUAAUUUAAAGCAUGCUCCAAAAAAUAAGAAAGACCCAAGGAGGCACAAAUAUGAAACAAAAGGUAUGAAUAUUGUCAAUCUUCUGUUUGCUGCUGCAUCUGGAGACCUGCAUGCUCUAAAGAGACAUCACCUAUCUGGAUCAGACAUGACCCUCUCAGAUUAUGAUGGGAGGACUGCGCUACACCUCGCAGCAGCAGAGGGCCAUCUUGAAUGUGUCAAGUUUCUUAUUGAACAGUGUAAGGUUGAUCCUUCUCCCAAAGAUCGGUAA